AAGCGUAACUUCAACAUGAUGGGAUAUUCCUGGCGCAAUGCACCCGCGAAUAUACCCAGGUAUCAUCCGAGGGUGAUUCGUUUUGAGUAGUGGGUUGCAUCUCGCUGCAAGGAGCUACGUCCGUCCCAGCGACUUCGAUCUGCCACUGGUGACCGCUUCGGAUUUCGCAACAGCACUCCCGACAUCUGCUCGGCUGCGCUUUCCUCUCUUGACCAGCGACUGGCCCCCUGUGUUCGUUAUUGGGCCCCUCCAUCUCGAAACGGGCAUUCUGCCCUAGCGAUACAAAUCGUUCAUGAACGGCGUACGUCGAUUCCUCGCCGGUGGAGGCACUCCCACCACUCCGACCGCCCAGCAGUUCCCCGUCUCUCCGUCAACUCCUCCACCGACUUCGGCCUUCCAGUCACCUACUCAAAGUCCUGCGCCCCUCGCUGUCACGCCCAAGCCGUCAUGGCCGCCCUCGCCGCCCUCGCCGCUCCAGAGCCCAACGGAAUCCUCGUCGCCAAACCCGCUAGACAGUCCCAAAACGACAACUGCAGCACUGUUCUUCCGGAAGGAUAGGCAGCGACCGCUCCCCACGGCCUCGACCACUGAUGAGGGCGUCCCGGGCAAUGGCUCUUUCCAUUCCCCACAAUCAUCGCGUGAGUCGAACGGCGUCUCCCCCGCACGAAGCAACGGGUCGUCCGGACAGCUUUCCUCACCGGGCGCGGGCCCGUCAUCGCCUCGCCCGCUCCCUAGCCGUGUUUCAGAGCUCGCGAGAAAACCUGUCAAUAUGGAACUACGACCUGCGUCGGUCGUAUACAAUGCCCGGGACGACCUCCUCAUCAGUCUCCUCGCGAGCGAGGCGAUCGUGGAUAGCCGAGGAUGCGAGAUCCUAAGUGCGGAGGAGGUGGAAGAGCUAAAGAAGGAGCACCAAGUGCUCUCUUCCCGGCUCGCGGCCAUGACGAAGAAGCUCGCUCUUGAGACCAAAAUCCGUGACGCAGCAGCCUCGCUCUACAAGGCGAACGCGUCCUACAAGAACGUAUCGAAGCAGUCAAGCGAGCAACUGGAGGCAGCGAACCGGAAGGUUGAGCAGGCCCAGAGGGACUUAUGGCGUGUCUCAGAACGCGCGAACGAAAUACAGCGCAAGCUGUUCGAGCACCGCGCAGGGGUACUCAGCUACUCAGUACGCAGUCUGGAGAAGAAGGCCGCACCCCCGGAUGGCGACUCCAGCGCGUCCGGGUACAGUUCUCCAAGCCGUAGUGCGCAGAUGAGCCCAACACCAUCCUCCGCGACGAGCAUGACCACAGUAUCAUCGAGAGGCCGCUUCGAACACUUCUUCGCGGGCCACUCAGAUGCCGUCACCCCCACUACACCUCGAUUACCACCGACAACAGCAGAAGUCACUGCGCUAGAGGAGAAGCUCAAGGCCGCUACUGCCACUCUCGAGGCCGCGACCGCGAAGCAAGGCGAGAUGGCACGCGAGCUCUCCCACCUACGUCUAGAGAAAGAGCAGAUAGAAACAUCGCUGGGCAUGGACCUCCAAGCGGCAGAGGAGACGAUCGCGACGCUCGAGCAAUCUGCAGGAAGGGCGGGAGAUGUCGAUGUGCGGCUGCAGGAACUCGAGGCAGAGAGGGCGGUGUGGAGGCAGGAUCGCGCGGAACUCGAGGAACGACGGAGGGAGGUCGACACCCUUGAGAGGAGGUUGGAGGUACUGGAGGAGCAGAGCGGGGAGGUUGCAGAGAUGGAGGCAGUGUUCGCGCACGAGCGAGAAGAGCUCCGGGGCAUGCUGGCGGCGAGGGAGAAGAAGAUGGAGGAGACACAGAGGCAGAUGGCAGACCUGAAGCUCCAAUGGGACAUAGACCGGUCGUCAUGGGAGGCGGAGAAGACUGCACUGCAAGACGGCGCGCAGAGCAAGGUGGUGUUGGCAGAGUGCUCAGACGCCCUGCGGGAUCUCAUGCAUACCAAUGGUAUUGUGCUUACGUCGCGGGACGUCUCGCUCAUCGGCCUGGUUGCAUCCGUCGCACGGCAUAUUGAAGAUAUGCAUGCCAAGGCCGAAGCACAUGCCCGUGCGGAAGAUGAGUGGGUCGCAUUGCGGACGAAACUCGAGAUGGACGUCCGCGUAGGUCUCGAUAAGCGGGAGGCGCUGUUCGAAGAGGUCGAGGAGGCACGACGAGUACGAGACGAGGCGAAAGCGCAGGCGCGGGACUUCGAAACGCAGCUCAGGGAACAAUCCAUAGCGCAGAUGGCAGUGGCCAACCUGCAAGCACCGCGAGGACCUCUCGACUUUGCAACCGAUGCUGCAUCAAUCGUCGCGUUGUUGCAGCCUCUCUGGGCCGUUCUACCGUCCCCAGAAGCUCGCGCUAGCAAGCUAAGUGUGAAAAACAUUCGCCCAGGUGCUCCUGCCAGUCCCAUCCUCGCGAGCCGCAGCAACCCAUCGUUGUCGGACAUGGAUGUGCGGUCGCUCAAGACAUUGCACGACCCAAGAGUUACUGCCGCGCAGCCCUCCGGCGCGUUCAGUGUGGAAGGUUUCGUGACCAGAGUGCAGGCUCUCAUCGCAGACGACCGCGCGCUCAUCGAGCGCCUCAUCCGGUUCGCACAAGCGCACGAUCUGCUGAAGAAGAACGCGGAGCGCGCUCAGAAGCUGGCUCAGGAGAGUAGCAACGCGCUCGAGACGUACCAAAAGCAGGUCAACAUGCUCGAGGACCGCAAUCUCACGAUGAUGGCCAAGCAACAAGCCAUGGAGGAGGAGGUGCAGCAGCUGCUUGAGGCGAUGGAGCGCAUCACUGCCGAAAAGCUCGAGAUCGAGACACAAGCUGCAGAGCAAGCCGAGACCUGCCGUCAGCUCACGGACGCCAACAACGCCCUCAGUGCGCGUAUGCUCGCUCUGGCGGAAGAGUCAGCAUCUGCUGGUGGCUCUGCCAAUGCCAACAAGCAGCUGGAGGCGCAGCUUGCGGAGUGCAACGCAUCGCUCGCUCGGGCGAAGGAAGAGAUCGAGUCUAUACGGGGCUCUCAGCAGAUACAGCAGAUGGCCCUUUUGGAGGAGUUGAACAACGUGCAGACGGAGAACUCAACUCUGCGCGAGCAACUACGCAAGAGAUAAAGCGACCUGUGGCCUUCGCGUUCGACCGUGUGAUGGUCUUCUCUGACGGGCGUUGGACAGGCGUUCCGUCCACACUAUCCUGCUUGCUGGUUUAGUAUUUCUUCGUCAGUUC